AUGGAUAGCAAUGAGUUUCGUAAACGAGGUGCCGAAAUGGUGGAAUACAUUUGCCAAUAUCUGGAGACAUUGAAUGAGCGGCGGGUUACACCCAGUGUGGAACCGGGUUAUCUGCGACAUUUAUUACCGGCUGAGGCCCCCUAUGAACCCGAGGAUUGGGAUAAAAUCAUGAACGAUGUUGAGGACAAGAUAAUGCCGGGUGUAACACAUUGGCAGCAUCCCCGGUUUCAUGCCUAUUUUCCGGCGGGAAAUUCAUUUCCUUCAAUUUUGGGUGAUAUGCUGGGCGAUGGCAUUGGCUGCAUCGGCUUCUCAUGGGCCGCAAGUCCGGCUUGUACCGAACUGGAGACAAUUGUAUUGGAUUGGUUGGGUAAGGCAAUCGGCUUGCCAGAUCAUUUUUUGGCCCUGAAGGAGGGUAGUACGGGUGGUGGUGUAAUACAGACCUCUGCCUCGGAAUGUAUUCUGGUAUCGUUGUUGGCGGCCCGUGCCCAGGCCAUUAAACGUUUAAAAUCUCAACAUCCCUUUGUCGAGGAAUGCCUUUUGCUGUCGAAGUUGAUGGCCUAUUGUUCGAAGGAGGCCCAUAGCUGUGUGGAGAAGGCUGCCAUGAUUUCAUUUGUGAAACUGCGAAUUUUGGAACCCGAUGAGAAUGCCAGUCUGAGGGGUGAAACAUUGAGACAGGCCAUGGAAGAAGAUGAACUGCAAGGCUUUGUGCCAUUUUUCGUCUCCACCACUCUGGGCACAACCGGUUCGUGUGCCUUCGAUAAUCUCUAUGAAAUUGGCCAAGAAUUGAAAAAUUUCCCCGGAGUUUGGCUGCAUGUGGAUGCUGCCUAUGCGGGAAAUUCUUUUAUAUGUCCAGAAUUGAAACCCCUACUCAAGGGUAUUGAAUUUGCCGACUCAUUCAAUACGAAUCCCAACAAAUGGCUUCUGACCAAUUUCGAUUGUUCAACGCUGUGGGUAAGAGAUCGUAUCCGCUUGACAUCGGCCCUGGUUGUGGAUCCGCUGUAUCUCAAGCAUGGCUAUUCGGAUGCUGCCAUCGAUUAUCGUCAUUGGGGAGUACCACUUAGUCGGCGAUUUCGUUCACUGAAAUUGUGGUUUGUGUUACGCUCAUAUGGAAUUUCCGGAUUACAGAAAUACAUUCGCCAUCAUAUCGAGCUGGCCAAGCGCUUCGAACAACAUGUCCUCAAAGAUAAGCGCUUUGAGGUGUGCAAUCAAGUUAAGCUCGGUUUGGUCUGUUUCCGUCUGCACGGUUCGGAUAAGCUAAAUGAAAAACUGCUGAGCGCUAUUAACGAAUCGGGUAAAUUGCAUAUGGUUCCGGCCUGUGUCAACGAGAAGUAUAUCAUACGAUUUUGUGCUGUGGCACAAAAUGCCACCGAAGAAGAUAUCGAUUAUGCGUGGGAAACAAUUGUUGACUUCGCCAAUGAGCUGCUGGAGAAAGAGCAACACGACGAAUUAUCCGAAAUUAUUAAUCAAAAGAAAACGCAUACUCUGGAGAAGAAACGUUCGUUCUUUGUUCGUAUGGUCAGUGAUCCGAAAAUUUAUAAUCCUGCAAUAAAUAAGGCGGGCACUCCCAAAGUAUCGUUGGAUAUGGCAUCGCCAAUUGCGGCAAAGGGUAGCAAUCCGGUCAUACGGACACAAUCAUCAAUCGAUCACAAUUCAUGGAUAUCCUGGCCAUUGGCAUUCCUGUUUAAUAGCAAUGAUGAUAAUGGUCAGAAGAGUAAUGUUUCGUUGCGUUUCCGCCACCUGGACACCAAUGUGCGACCAUCAUCAUCUCGCCGCAAUUCCGGUGCCGGCUCAUCACCCUCACCCGAAGCCGAUUACACGGCCAGUGUGGUCAAUGUCAUCAAAUCGCCCAAGAAGUCACCGAAUCUAAUACGCAAAGGUCUUGCCGGUAGCAAUUCUUCUACUAAUUCCAAUACUAAUUCAAAUAAUCAAAAAUAA